CUCGAGUCGACAGAAAAAUGGUGUCAGCCACAGGGACAGGCACGCGGGCCCUGGAUUAGGGGUGUGCCGCUACCCCUGCCGGUCUGGGCCCAUUAUGAAUCACCAGCCCUGAUCGUAUCAACGGUUGAACAAUAUGAGGAACUAGCAGGCAGUGUUGAAUUAGAAACUCAGCGUUUAUUGCGUGAGCAUAGAUAUGACACUAUUGGCAACUUCCUCAGAUUCUAUAAGAAUUAUAUUACGAGUGGAGAAAGUAAAUUGGAUCGGUUUUAUCGCAAAUAUCAGCCUCUAAUAACACCUGAACACUAUACUUGUGUUGGGCUUGGAUUUGAAUUAUUACGUCGACUAAGUAGUUUAAAUAAAAAGUUUCCUACUAUAGCAAGCGGGCUCUACUUAGUGUCUUGCGAAGAAACAAUUGGAGAUAUUGCUAGUUAUGUUGGUGGCCCACCGGCAGCAGAUAGUGGAGAGAAAGAACAUGUUCUAGUGUGCCUGAAAAUCAAGAUUAAUGGACGUCAAGGUGUUUUGCUUCUUGAUCCUGGUUAUCAUGUUGCUCGUGUAAUUACAGUAAUGGCUGAUAAAUUAUAUCCUCAUACGGGCUGGUUUACUCAAUCUGACGAUUCAAAUUGUAAGAAAGAGUACAACUAUUUUCUGUGCGGUGAAGAUCCUGAUUAUGUCGAAUGGCAUGAAAGGGAAACUCGACCAGGUGCCUUGGAAAGAACACAAGUUGCUCUUAUUUAUAUAGCAAGGCCAUAUCUUACUGCUAUCGACGUUACAGAACGCAGAAAUUUGGUAUACAAUUUCAGAAGUUUACUAGCCCGAGACACUAAAGGUCAUGUCACAGCUGGUAUAUAUUUUCCCAUUGCCCUAGACAUGAAUAAUGCACAAACUUUUACGAUUUUCUAUCAAACAAGUAGUGGUAAGAAAAGGAUUAAAAUGCCAUUCAGCAAAUUCUGCAGCUCGCCUAAAAUAAAUCCUGAUGCAAAUGAAGUUGAAAUUAUAUUAGAAACUGCUCGUCAAUUGGGUCUAAUGCAAGAUACUCUGAAGGAUAUGCUUUCAGCUCUAGCUACUGUCAUGAGUGAUUCAACAUUUUUGGCUCAACUCUUGACUAUUAAUGCAAGAAUUAACACCCUUGCGGAAGAUAAUUAACAGAAAUCGUCAGUCCACCCUGUGCGCUGCCAAUACAACAUAAUCUUCUAUUAUAUCUUUUGCCAGCUUUCCUCUUAUGUUAUUCUAUUUCUAUUGACUAUCAUAUUUAUGCUUUGUUAUAUGUCCAAUUAUUUUUUUCCGACAACGAAUUAUAAACAAAUUUGCGCUCUUCAUUUUAUUCUUAAUAUCUUUUCCGUUUUAUAUUAGUCAAAUUGUUAGAUAUACGAACAAAUUCUAUAACCAUUCUGUAAAGGUUUAUCAUUUAUCUAUAUAUUUUCAGAAUAUUAGGUGUUCUUAAAUAGUUAUGUCUUAAAAACUACAUGGGUCGUAAUGUUCAUAACUUCAUUUAAUAAGUUUCACAUUUUUCUUCAAUAUUUGUGUUGUUACAAAACUUAUGGAUUGAUAACGAGGAAAAAAUAUGAAAUAUAUACAGUAACAACA